GCCAGAGAUGUGGCAACCCCCAUCAGGCACGCCAUAUUUUGCAAGAAAGAAAAUUCGCGUAGUGCUCUAGGAAAUACCAGAAAAUCAAUAAGAAUUGCUGGUAAAAUUGGUUAAAAUCGGUGCGAGGCGCGUGUGACUUUUGUUUAGGCCAAAGGCCAAUAGGUAGUGGCCAUUUCAGCUGUUUCCCAGCGCCGCAAGUGCGACAACAACGUAUAAGAAGAAGAAAAUCAACUAAGGGCAGCCAGUAAAAAUCGAAAUUGAAAAUAAACUAUGAAGGAAAUGGCGAGCACCAGCGGGAAUCACACCCAAUCCACGGAGGCCAUCACCUCCUCAAUAAUCACCUACAGCCCGAGCAAAUUCAUGACCCGCGUUGGAACGGGCAAAAACACGUACACCACAUAUACACACACAACAACAACGACUGCGGCGACCGCAACAAAAACAAACAAUACGCUAUUGGGCGGAACAAGUGCCUCCUACUAUGUGGUAAAGGCCGGCUCCCUGGGCAGUGCGGCCUCGAUGACGGGAUCUAUCAAAGUCAGCUCGCCCCCAAAGGCUCCGCCGGCAAUUAAGUCGCCCGCCCUGAUCAUCACAUCGCCUUCCACGCCAACCGAGAGUUCCAGCACAAUUUCGGCGCCCAGUGAGUCCUCCUUUUGCGAGAAAAUGGAGCACAGCUAUAUGCGCGAUCCGCCGACUCGCAGCGAUGUACACAAUGGCCUAAUGCCUGCCAGGAACAUCCUGGUCCGUCAUCCGCCGCAGUGUCCCAGUUGUCACACCUAUCCACAGCACGAGGAGCUGGCGGAGCUGCAGCAGGCACAUGUACCUCCAUACGACGAUAUUGCCGCCAAGGAGGCCAUGAACGAGUGUGCCCGCAUUGCUAAAUACGUGAAAAACAACAAUUCUGAUGAUCAAGAUUGGGUGGCGCGCGUGAAUCAAUUCGGCUGGACACCCAUGCAGAAAACACUAUUCGAGAAAGUCUGCUCCAUUCUGGACCAGGAUCAGUUAGCUCGUCUGGCCAACGACAAACGCCAGCACGAGGCCAUCCACCGACGGGUCAGUGCGGACAAAUCCGCUUCUAGAAUGCGCAAAGCUAUGGCCAGCGUGGCCUGGGAGUCGCGCAUCACACAGUGGAUUCAUGCUCUACUAAUGGAGCACCUGUCGCCCUCUUACAUGGCUUCUUACCUGGAAAUUCUGCAGACGCUGAAGACAAAGCUGCCUACUUUGGUGGAUAAGAUGUUGUUUGGUAGGCCGCUGAAUAGUAGCCAGGAGCUGUUGGCACCGGUGAUGAAAAAGCGAUGGGAACCAAACAUUCUGCCCAAGGGGCGUCAGCUAACGCACAACGCCAUCAUGGUGGUGCUGCCCACGAUGCCCACAAGUGGCCCAGUAUCGGACCGUAUGCAAAAGUGGUACCAAUCAUUGGCCACCAUCACUCAGGUGGUGCAGAUCACUUUGCCCAAUACGAACAACAGAAUGGGCAAUCAGAAUCUGGACCAGGUGGCUGAGACCAUUGUGUCCCUCACACGCGUCAGGAUCCACGAAUUGCGCACGGAUAACCCUAAUCGUGGCAUUAUUCUUGUCGGCUUCAAUGCUGGAGCAGCCUUGGCUCUGCAGGUUGCACUUUCAGAAAGCGUGGCUUGCGUGGUUUGCAUGGGAUUCGCUUACAACACGAUCCGUGGUCCGCGUGGGACACCCGAUGAUCGCAUGCUCGACAUAAAAGCACCUAUACUGUUUGUCAUUGGACAGAAUUCAGCUCGCACCAGCCAGGAGGAAAUGGAGGGCUUGCGGGAGCGAAUGCAGUCCGAAUCCUCCCUGGUGGUGGUGGGCAGUGCAGACGAUGCUCUCCGUGUUCCAAAAAGCAAGCGUCGCAUAGAGGGCGUUACACAAUCCAUGGUGGAUUCUAUGGUGGUGGAGGAGGUCUUCGACUUUGUAAACCGAACCCUGAGCAAUCCGCCUGGACCCCGCAUGCCCACGUCCCUGAUGCACCAGCAAGGGUACCAACGCCAGCAGAAGCAUCCAACUCACAUUCUUGCUGAUGGAAAUGCGAACAAGGCUGUUCAGCAGAUGCGCAAGCGGAAGGUUGACUGCGGCCAGGACGAUCCAAUGGGUCAGCCAGCCAAGUCAAAGUUUGUUCCUCAUAAUCGCGUCCACAAGCCGAAGCCACCGCGCCUCAUUGAUCCGUUUGCUGCCAAGCGAAAGGUUGGAAGACCCCGCACUCGCCCUCUCCCCAAUGUCGGUGGCUCGGCUGGCUCUGGUAGCCAAAAAGGUGCACCUCAUUCAGACAAACCAAAAAUGAGCAGCGAAGAACUAAACCAAUCCAUUGAAUUCAUACUAGAUGAUGCCCUGGACUACGAAGAUGCGCAAUCAACAGCAGGAGGAUCCGCAACCCUACCUAAGGUGAUCACUCCAGGUGUUCUGGGAAAGCAGCUGCCGCCCGUAAAUUUGGCCGCCGGGACCAAAAUCAAGAUGAUACCAUCGAACCAGUUUGUACAGAUUAAAACGCUUCCGUCGCAGAGCAAACUUAUCAACUACACGAUGAACAAGGCAGGAGGUGGACCUACCAGCACCGCCACCAUUGGCAGCAUUGUGAAGACGCUACCCAGUUCAUCGGUUGGUGGCCAGCAGAUUUUCACACUAAAAACGCCCACGGGACAAACGCAGCAGUUUGCAACAGCGGGCUCAUCUACGGGUGCAGCUGGUUCAUCUUCAGCGACGGGACAACAGAAGUAUACGGUGUUCAAAAACGCCAACGGCAUGACGAUGCUGCAUCUUACCAAAAAUGUGCCCACUACAGCAAACAACAGCCCGUCAGGAAAUAUGGAUUUGUCCAACAUUAUCGAUAUGCCAAUUGUUUUUGCCGACAACGAAGGCAACAUCCCCGAGCAUCAACAGGUGGAUAAGGAUGUUAAGCCAGCCCCCAUUCGCCCCGCCAAUAAGAGCCCGCUUAUAAUAAGCCAGAAGAUCAUUAAGGAGGCCAAUAAACCGCCAGGCAUAGUCACCAGCAGUGGAAGCAUCAGUGGGGCUACUAAGCCAGGCAAUAUUGUGCUCAACAAGGGCCUCCACCAGUUGUUUACCCAAUCGCCUGGAGGAACAGUUGCCGGACAAAAUAAAGUUGUAUAUCUCAACAGAAAUACAAUGAAACCGGUGGGAAAUAUGGUGCCUGGUGCACACCGCGUGCCCAUAAGGAUUGUUAGCAGUCCGAAGACUGGAGGAGUGACGACCACAGCUUCCAGCAGUCCUUUGCUGGUGGAUCCUGCCACAGGAUCAUUGGUUAGCGGUGUUAAGACCGUCAAUGUGCAGACCAUCAAACCCACGGCUACUGGUCUAGCGCAAGGAACUCUCCGUCAAGCGGGAAACGUGUCCAACAAGACGUAUCCCCAGUUCCAGGUGAUCAAUAGCAACCCAAGAGGGACUCCAAAAACAGUUUCCAGCGACGGGAAGACCCCUAUUCGUAACAUCUACAUCCAAUCCGCUGCCGGAAUUAAGCAAGUUCCAGUACAGAUGGUUGCCAAUCGUGUGCCGGGUGGAGCCGUGGUCUCAUCAUCAGCAUCGUCAUCUUCUGGAGCUUCUGCCGUACGUCGAGUGGUUAACAUUGGUCCCGUUUCCAAGUUGGCGGCCACGUCGACAUCAACAGCGACUUCAGCCGCGACCUCUUUAACGCAAAGCAAGCACUAGGAUUAAAAACAUAUUAUUUUUAUAUCUUGGUUACAUUUAAGUAUGAUGACAUUUUAAGAUCACAUCUCUGUAAAUAUGUUCAAGAAAGCCAUUAAUAAGUUGGUGAUUAUAACUAUAAUUAAAAGGAAUAUUAUUUCAUUAAAAUAAAAGAAAUGAAUUAUGUAAA